CACCCUCACCAUACCUAACAGCUGUCCUCACUCUAUAAAUCCCGGCAUACCUUUCACCAGCUUUAAAACAGCUCCAUCUUCCUCUGCCGCUCCACCGCCAACAUCUCCAGCUGAAACACCUCUCCGACCAUGGAUCUUCUACUCCUUGAGAAGACCCUUCUCGGCCUCUUCUUCGCCAUUGUCGUUGCCACCGUGGUCUCCAAGCUACGAGGCAAAAAACUCAAGCUUCCUCCGGGGCCUAUCCCCGUUCCAAUCUUCGGAAACUGGCUCCAGGUGGGUGAUGACUUGAACCACCGCAAUCUCAGCGACUACGCCAAGAAAUUCGGAAACAUUUUUCUGCUCCGCAUGGGGCAGCGCAAUCUCGUCGUCGUCUCCUCGCCGGACCUCGCCAAGGAAGUUCUCCACACGCAGGGUGUGGAAUUCGGAUCCCGGACCCGGAACGUGGUCUUCGAUAUUUUCACCGGAAAAGGUCAGGAUAUGGUUUUCACGGUGUACGGCGAGCACUGGCGGAAGAUGCGGCGGAUCAUGACGGUGCCCUUCUUCACCAACAAGGUGGUGCAGCAAUACCGCCACGGAUGGGAAGCGGAGGCCGCCGCUGUGGUUGAAGAUGUGAAGAAGAAUCCGGAGGCUGCGACAAGUGGGAUUGUCCUGAGGAGGCGGCUGCAGCUGAUGAUGUACAAUAAUAUGUACAGGAUUAUGUUCGACAGAAGAUUUGAAAGUGAAGAUGACCCCUUGUUUGUGAAGCUCAAGGCUUUGAACGGGGAGAGGAGUAGAUUGGCGCAGAGUUUUGAGUACAACUAUGGUGAUUUCAUCCCCAUUUUGAGACCUUUCUUGAGAGGGUAUCUCAAGAUAUGCAAGGAGGUUAAGCAGAAGAGGCUGCAGCUGUUCAAGGAGUACUUUGUUGAUGAGAGAAAGAAGCUUGCAAGCACAAAGGCGAUGAGCAAUGAUAGCCUAAAAUGUGCGAUUGAUCACAUUCUUGAAGCCCAACAGAAGGGGGAGAUCAAUGAGGACAACGUCCUUUACAUAGUUGAGAACAUCAAUGUUGCUGCGAUUGAAACAACUCUUUGGUCGAUCGAGUGGGGCAUUGCGGAACUAGUUAACCACCCCGAGAUCCAGAAGAAGCUCCGCGAUGAGAUCGACACUGUGGUCGGCCCAGGAGUACCAUUGACAGAGCCUGACACCCACAAGCUUCCAUACCUUCAGGCAGUGAUAAAAGAAACGCUUCGCUUAAGGAUGGCCAUUCCUCUUCUGGUGCCCCACAUGAACCUCCACGACGCCAAGCUCAGCGGCUACGAUAUCCCUGCUGAGAGCAAGAUCUUGGUGAACGCUUGGUGGCUGGCUAACGACCCUGCCCACUGGAAGAAUCCCGAAGAGUUCCGGCCAGAGAGAUUCUUGGAAGAGGAGUCGAGUGUUGAAGCCAAUGGAAACGACUUCAGGUACCUUCCCUUUGGCGUUGGCCGGAGGAGCUGCCCCGGAAUCAUUCUUGCUUUGCCGAUUCUUGGCAUCACUUUGGGCCGCCUAGUGCAGAACUUUGAGCUGCUGCCGCCUCCGGGGCAGUCGAAGCUUGACACGACCGAGAAGGGUGGGCAGUUCAGUCUGCACAUUUUGAAGCACUCCACCAUUGUUUUAAAGCCAAGAUCUUUGUGAAAAUACUCGCACAUUUGUUGAUAGUAAUGGGGAUUGAAAGAGAUGUAUUACUGUUUUUAUGUGUGGCUGAAUCCUCGGAUUUUCUUCCAGGAUCAUCUCUCUUUUUUUUUUUGGUCUCUUGAUCUGUUUUAUAUGAAAUUAAAGCCAAUGAAGUUGAGUAAUCUGUUCAAAUAUUAA